AUGCUGGCACCAAGGGGGAAGAACAAAGCAGCUAGCAUAUGGUCCGUUGACUCGGGCUAUGCAUCAAAUACUGUGGACGAAGAAGAUGGUAGCUAUAUGGACUUUUUUGCCAGUCCCACAAUCAGCAACCUACCACCAUCAUUGUCUCAGAAGAGAUUUAGCUUAGAGUUCGGCGACUUCUUCAAGAUCCAUGUUGAAGAUCAGCUGCGCCUGCAAAAACCAGAUUCUCCAUCUGCACCAGUGACCACCAAGGUCAAUGUGUUUACGACAAAUUUGAGAGUAGGCCACGACCUCCAAUCUCGGGUGGCUCGUGUCAAUGAAGAGUGUGUUUUAUGCGCACUCUGGGACAUUGCCAGUCCUGGAGAAAACCUGAAAUGCGAUAAAUGCAGCCGAGAGCUGACAGCCGAGUUCGGUGCUACAGGAAGCUCAGGAAUUCUGCAAAAUCACGAGACUGAACAAGAAUCGAUGCAUAUUGCACCCCACGUGAAAGAACUCAACGCAUUACAGCUACAUCAACUACCUGAUAAAGUCGAGGAAAGUCGACGUUUAACAUGUACUAUGUUGAACCCUAUUGGAAAUGACCGGACUACUACUACUUCUUCCCGCAGUCCGGGUUUGGGCACUUCUUAUACUGGAUCUCCAAAUAUCAUUUGCGAGGCUAAACGCUCUUCCACUCGACGGCCUCCUACAAAGCUUGAGUCACACGCUCUGCGACGCCUGAAAUCAUGGAUAAGAGACAACAGCAGCAAUCCGUAUCCUGAUGCUGAUACCAAACGUGUAUUGGCUCAAGAAUGUGGAAUCACAGAGAAGCAGUUGAAUACAUGGUUCACGAACGCUAGAGCACGACAAAGAUUCCCACGUCAUGGGGAGAGUUCACUCUCAGACCCAAAAGGAGAAACAGAUCCAGCAAACCACUUCUCAAAGGCCAAAGUGUCACUAAUACCUAAAGGCUACCGAAGUCUGGAGGAAAUUAAUUAUUCUAAUCACGACUACGAACCAAAAACGCCAAAAGUGUCAAGGCGAGGCAAAAAGAAAGACUACAGUCAUUUAAGUGUGAUUUCUCCGGUUGCCAAGGUGUUCCCAUCCAUGUCCUGUACCCAGGCACAAGCAACGAUCACAACCAAAGACAAUACACCAAACAUGUGGCAGUGCACAUUUUGUUAUCAAAUUGUAACGCCAAAAUCCUGGCGUCGUCAUGAGGAAACUCAGCACCGACCGAAACGGAAGUGGACUUGUUUACACACUGGUCCGAGCUUGACCACUUCUUCUUAUCCCACUUCGUCAACAUUGUGUGUUUUCUGCAUGCUACAAAAUCCUAGCAAAGAACAUCUUCUUCACUCUCACCGUAUUGGUGAAUGUUUUGCCAAGGCCGAAGAAGACAGAACAUUCUUGCGACCAGAUCACCUCCGGCAGCAUGUGAAGAAUUUUCACCAGGCGUCUCUGACUGAUGCUGUAAGAGACUUAUGGAAAAUAGAUGGAGUGCCCAAAGAUGGCCCCGAAAGUUGGACCUGCGGUUUUUGCGCUCUUGAAAUGACAGCAUGGGAUGCGAGACAAACUCACAUCGCGGCACAUUUCAAAGACGGAUUGACAAUGGCAAACUGGAAAACACAUCCUCGGCCUGAACAGACUACUAACACUAGCAAGAAGCGGCCAAUAUCUAGUGAAGGACGGCCAAAUAUGUUUUCCAAAUUCGCCAGGAACUUUACAUGUCUGAACGCACGACAAGAAGAGGAAGAUAUGUCGCAGAGCGGACUCGUGCCACGUUUCGAGUACACCACUGAGUACGUACAGUCAAAGGUACCAGUGGAACCUUUGUUGCCGGAGUUAACCCUGGACAACUUUACAACAGGUGUGUACAGCAGUGAGUUCAAUUUUGGCAGUGCGAGUAUAACGGAUUCAUCGGAAGAAGUGACCGCAUCAAAGGACUCAGACAUAUCUUAUCCUGUUGGUGACAAAGAUUCGUGGCUAAAUUAUUAUGACCUGGGCAGCCUUUUCUGCGAAGACGAGUAUGAAAGUUUUCUCGAUUGUUGGUAG